AUUAAUUUGAAUUCAUUUUAAUUUUUAAAGAAAAACUUAUUUUUUUUAAGUAUAAAUAAAAAUUUCAACAUGUCCUCGGCAAAUAAAGAAAAUCUUUUAUUACUUUUCGAUCGUCCUACUGAGCCGGUAUUUAUGGAAAAGGGUAAAACUUCAACUGUGUUUGAUGUACCCGAUAAGUUUCUAACCGAUCGUUAUCGUCCUAUUGGUAAUGAGGUACAGUCACGUUAUGGUGACUCUGCUGAUAUAAAGGUACCAGUACGUGAUAUACGUGUGCCAGAUCUUAGAAUACCCAUGUCCUUGGGAAGAGAUGAGCAAUUUUCUUUGUUUAUACCAAAACACCGAACUAUAGCUGGACGUUUAAUUGAUAUUUUUAUGGGCAUGCGUACUAUUGACGAUCUGCUAAGUAUGGCUGCCUAUGCACGUGAUCGUGUUAAUCCGUAUAUGUUUAAUUAUGCUCUAUCGGUGACAUUACUACAUCGAACGGAUACCAAGGAUUUAGAUUUGCCCUCGUAUGCUCAAAAUUUCCCUGAUAAAUUUGUAGACUCUCAGGUUUUUCGCCAAGUACGAGAAGAAGUAACCGUUGUACCGGAAGGCUCCCGCAUGCCUAUAGUGGUGCCUAGAGACUAUACCGCUUCCGACUUGGAUCCUGAACAUCGUCUGUGGUAUUUCCGUGAAGACAUUGGCAUUAAUUUACAUCAUUGGCAUUGGCAUUUGGUUUAUCCUUUCGAGGCUUCUGAUCGUAGUAUUGUAGCAAAAGAUCGUCGUGGUGAAUUAUUCUACUAUAUGCAUCAACAGAUUAUAGCGCGAUAUAAUAUGGAACGUUUCAGUAACAAUUUGGCUCGUGUAACAAGACUUAAUAAUUUCCGUGAGCCCAUACAAGAGGGUUAUUUCCCCAAAAUGGAUUCUUUGGUAGCAAGUCGUGCUUGGCCUCCACGUUUCCAAAAUACUCAAAUCAAAGAUCUGAAACGUCAAGCCGAUCAAAUCACUUUGGAUGUGGGAGAUUUAGAGAGAUGGCGUGAUCGUAUAUUGGAAGCUAUACAUAUGGGAUAUGCAGUCGAUGAACAAAACCAGCGUAGACCUUUGGAUGAAACAACCGGUAUUGAUACUUUAGGCAAUAUGAUGGAGUCAUCUAUUAUAUCACCCAAUCGUGCUUUAUAUGGUGAUUUUCACAAUCAAGGUCACGUUUUCAUUGCAUAUUCCCACGAUCCUGAUCAUCGUUACCUGGAGUCUUUCGGUGUUAUGGGAGAUUCUACUACUGCUAUGCGCGAUCCAGUCUUCUAUAGAUGGCAUGCAUAUAUUGAUGACAUAUUCCAGGAACAUAAAAGACGUUUACCACCCUACAGCCAGGCACAAUUGCAAUAUGAUGGUGUUUCCAUAACAGGCGUACAAGUAGCCUCUGAGGGAGGCCAGCCUAAUAUUUUGUCCACAUUUUGGCAACAAUCCGAUUUGGAUUUAUCUAGAGGUAUGGACUUUGUGCCCAGAGGCAAUGUGUUUGCUCGUUUUACACACUUACAACAUACACCCUUCACUUAUACCAUCAAUGUUAACAAUGCCGGUGGUGCAAUGCGUUUUGGUAUGGUGCGCAUAUUUAUAGCGCCCAAACAUGAUGAACGUGGUCAGCCAAUGCUGUUUAAUGAACAACGCUUGCUGAUGGUGGAAUUGGAUAAAUUUGUAGCUUCACUCAAUCCCGGCAAGAACACUAUAAAACGUCGCUCCACUGAGUCUAGUGUUACCAUACCAUUCGAACGUACUUUCCGUAAUUUGGAUACAAAUCGACCCGCUGCUAAUUCUGCUGGCGAAUUGGAAUUUAAUUUCUGCGGCUGUGGUUGGCCUCAACAUAUGUUAAUACCCAAGGGUCGUCCUGAAGGUUUACCUUGUGAAUUAUUUGUCAUGGUAUCCAACUAUGAAGAUGAUCGUAUUGAUCAGCAAUUAGUGGGAUCCUGCAGUGAUGCUGCUUCCUAUUGUGGUGUUCGUGAUCGUUUGUAUCCUGAUCGUCGUCCCAUGGGUUUCCCCUUCGAUCGUUUGCCUCGCCAAGGUGCUGAUCGGUUGAUCAAUUUCCUUACUCCCAAUAUGAGCAUGGUUGAUGUGAGCAUACGUCAUGAUCCUAACAGAGUUGUGCAACGUCAAAAUUAAAAGGCAUAACUGAUGAUCUCUCUAUAUUUGGUUGAUGAAAAUUUGCAUUGGUUAUUGGAUUAUGAGUUUGGAUAAUUGCUAAUGAUAUUUAGUUUUAAGUUUUAUUUCGUGGAUUUGAUAAAUAAAAGAAAAUAUAUAAUAAGUCUGUUAAUGGCACCAGAA